UCAUUUUGGGAAUAAAAGUCAAUCACUGGUUCUUCAGUCUGCCACACUGUGCUGACAGUCCCACACAGAAUCAUGCUGACUGCAGGGGUCCUACUCAUCAGUCUGUGUUUGCUCAGUGUCCACUGCAGUGAUCCAAAUGAGGAAAUCAUAUAUACAGAUUAUGAUCUCAACAUCCCCCCUGCUCCUAAAUUUAUUUUGGGUCUGACUGAUUGGUUAUUUGACCUCACGGAUGAUACUAAUGCUUGUGAUCCAAACCCUUGCUUCCAUGGUGGGGUUUGCAAAGAGAAAUCUGGUACAGGAUUUACAUGCGAAUGUCUUGAACCUUAUGCCGGAAAAAAGUGCCAGACAGUGAGAAACAUUUGUGAGAACGUGGAUUGUGGCGGGGGUGACUGUGUCGUCAACUUAAAGAAACCUCCCUUUUAUAAGUGCAGGUGCAGACCUCCAUUCUAUGGCUCUGACUGCAGGUCAUUGCCACCGUCACCCUGUGAACCCAAUCCCUGUCAGAAUGGAGGCACCUGUAGAAGUGGGGACAGACGUUUUGGCUGUGCUUGUCCUCCUGGAUAUACUGGAAGAUUCUGCCAAUCAGCACCCACUGACUGUUAUGAGGGGAACGGGGAGUCAUACAGGGGUAAUGUCAGCAUGACUGACGACGGCCUGGAGUGUCUGGACUGGGAUUCAUCCUUUAUUAUGGCAAAUGGGGAGGAUCCUUUUACAACGUACGCAAACUUUUCUGGACUGGAAGACAACAACCACUGCAGGAAUCCAGAUGGGGGAAAAAAACCUUGGUGCUUUUACAAAAAGGAAGACAAGCUGGAGUGGGACUAUUGUAAAGUCAAGAAGUGCUCUGAAGAUCCUGCCCGUCCCCUGACUCCAGUCCAGCCAGUGCCAAAGCCUUCCCUGUUCCUCCAAUGUGGCAAAAAAGUCUCGAUUGACCAGCCUCGUCCAAUUUCAAGGCUUUUUGGGGGCAAGAGGACUUACCCUGGAUGUCAUCCCUGGCAGGUUUCUGUGCAGAAAAGAUUUAUAUUCUUCCCAUUUGGGUUCAGUCAUUACUGUGGUGGGAUCCUGCUCUCAUCCUGCUGGGUCCUCACUGCUGCACACUGCAUUUCAGAUUUAUAUGAAUACCAGGUGGUGCUAGGAGGAGUGAAUUUAGACAAAAGUGAGGAUAUGGACCAGAUCAUCUCAGUGGCAGAAACCAUUGUUCAUGAAGACUACAAGAAAACUGCUGUUGCUCUUUAUAAUGACAUAGCUCUACUUAAACUCAAGCCAACAGAGGGCAACAUGUGUGCCAAUGAAACCGACUUUGUGAGGACUGUAUGUCUACCAGACCAGGUCUUCCCUGCCAAAACGGAGUGUAUGAUCUCUGGAUGGGGAGCCACUGAAACUGCACGGAUGAGCAACAAUCUGUUAAAAGCUAAUGUGUUCCUGAUCAGUGACGAUAAAUGCAGACAGCCACAUGUCUAUGGAAAUGCACUGAACAACAGUAUGUUCUGUGCUGGAUAUCUGCAGGGCGGCAUCGACUCCUGCCAGGGUGACUCAGGUGGACCACUGGUGUGUGAGCAGAACGGUACACACUACGUUAGCGGUGUGGUGAGCUGGGGCCAAGGCUGUGGUCAGAAGAACAAGCCUGGUGUCUAUGCCAACGUCUACCAAUUUGUCGACUGGAUCAGAAGCAAGAUGAUCUGAACUGUUGAAAAAUAAGAAACAACUUCAGCUUUGAUUGCCUUGAAAAAAUCUGUUUAUUUCAUCAGCAAUAAAACCAAGCAUUUACUCCCAGCCCAGCUUUGAGUUAAAACAAGAAACUCACAAUCCUGAACCUGCCAGACCAAACGAAGGGCCCACAUUGUUCCUUUAGGCCUUCAUUCCUUACUCACUGAGCCUCGCUCAAAGUGCACUAUGUCUGCAGACAUCAUUGGAAAACUAUGUUUUGCUUUACAUGCUCGCAUGUUGUCUAAUGAUGAUAAUAAAAAAUCAAUACCUGCACCCAUAUGGCAAUCUCUGUUCUAGCUCCUUCUAAACACACUUACUGUAUUAUACAUAAAGGCAAACUUUCCCUUAGAUGUUCUCUCUCUUGAAAACUAAAACAACUUGAAUUUAUUGUUGUUGUUUUUUUAUGUAAUCAAAUUUACCUCAAAUUCAAGCAAAUCAAUAAAGUUUCUCUGAAUUUC